UCCCACAAACCUCUAAGCCACCAGUCUACCACCACCAAACGUCGCCUGCUCUCUCUCUCUCUCUCUCUCUCUCUCUCUCUAUAUAUAUAUAUUAAUAAUAUCUACACCGAAGCUCCGAAUAAUAACAGAAUCGAUCUCCAUCUUUCGCUACUUAGGAAAAUUGAGGGCCCGAGACAAAAGAAAAUUAGUCUACGAUAAAAUUACUUAAACAAAAAAUAAUUUUUUUUUGUAUGUUUUCGCUUUUAAUUAUGUCUAAAUGUUUCCUGGAAGGUUUUGAUAUUUUUGCUAUCUACCUUACUUCUCUUUUAAAUGAUAAAUAAAAUUAAUAAAUAGUGGAACAUACACUUCAUGGACCAACCACAGGUUGAUGCAAGUAAAAGAGUCCCAUAUCAAUUUUUUUUUGAAAGAAUUAGAGGAGUGUAGCUACAUUAAACUGUGCGGACAGAAGAGCAUGGCUCUUGACCAUUACUUAGCCAAGGAAUGGAAGUCCAUAUCAGCUGCAGCCUCAGACUUGGACAAUAGUCCUGGCUGCUUCGAUUGCAACAUAUGCUUGGACUUUGCACAUGACCCUGUGGUUACCCUAUGUGGCCACCUCUACUGUUGGCCUUGCAUCUACAAAUGGUUCUACUUCCAGAGUGAUUCCCUUGCUUCAGAAGGGCACCCACAGUGCCCGGUUUGCAAAGCUGAAAUAUCCCACAAUACGGUUGUCCCCCUCUAUGGCCGUGGCCAAACCCCGCCUGAAGCUGAACUCGACGCCAAGGCAUCCCCUGUGGAGGUGGCUAUACCCCCAAGGCCACCUGCUUGUGGUACCAAAAUUCUGACCUCUAUGUCUCAACAUAGUCAGCAGCUUGAAUAUCAUAAUCCUUAUCAGAAUCAACAAUACUCCGCUCAUCCUUACAGCACUUACGAAGAAGAUUCUGCACCAUCACCAUAUAAUCUUGGGAUGUAUGGAGAAAUGGUUUAUGCGAGGGUGUUUGGGAACUCGCAGAGCUUGUAUACAUAUCCGAAUUCGUAUCAAUUGGAGGGGAGUAGAAGCCCAAGGUUGAGAAGGCAGGAGAUGCAGGCUGCCAGGUCUCUAAACAGAAUUUCAAUUUUCCUCCUUUGUUGCUUUCUUCUGUGCCUUCUCCUUUUUUAAUUGCGGAUUAGGUCUUUCUUCCUCCCUUUUUUGUACCCUGUAAAAUAUAAUGUACUGUAAGGAUCAUGAACAACAAACUUAUAGAUGACGUUAGAUGAUAUUAUAAAUUUUGUGAGCACGUUUCUUAACAAAUGCAACUACAUUUGUUGGAUAUGGUUCAUAUCCAACAAAUGUGUGUGGUUACGCUCUCUUAGGCUAUCGGUAUGGACAUGCCAGUUUAGUUAGGAAAUGAUCAUGGUUUGGGGCUAGCCAAAUGGUGUACUCCACACAAAAAAAUGUUUGCAGAUAUGUUGACUGUGGUUAGUCUGCUACUCCAUUUUUCGAUUGUAAACUUUUUCGACUCAUCUUCAUUGUAUGUAAAUUUGUUCUCCUCUGUUUUCAAUAGUGUCAUUUUAGUGUGCCUUGCAUUA